CGGCAGCCAGGACGCCAGUUGCUAGCAAAGCUGCUAACGCAGCCCAGCAGCGUUUUAGAAGUUACGAAAAGAAGAUUUCGCUCAAAAUAUCUCAGUUUACAGUACGAAACGCUUCAACACCCGAUUAAUGCGCGAAUCUGUGGUGGCUAAGACAACGUUGGGUAUCCACGACAUUUCAGAGUUUUGACCAGACAAAUUCACUCCAGCACGGCGUGUUUGGCAAGACAAAUCAGUAAUGAUGUCUCAUGUUAAAGAGGAGUGUGAGGAUAUCGGUGUCAUGGAGGCGUCUGGACUGAAGGUGGAAAACAAAGGGAUGGAGAAAGGACACAUAUUCCAAGAAUACAUUAAAGAGGAGUUCAAACUGGAAGUGGAGCCAUUUGAGGAAGAAUGUGCUGCACAAAAAUCUGAACAAAGCUCCAGUGAUUCCCUCCAGCAGAAAGAUCACCUGAGAAUUCCUACUGAAGAAGCCAGCGAAUGCCACAUGGAUGUCGAUGAAGGAAUGAGUUCUCAUCAGUGCUCUCAGUGUGAGUGGAGUUUUGAACAUUUUACAGAUUUAAAACAACAUGAAAAAACUCAUACUGGAGAAAAUCUGUUCGCCUGCUCUGAGUGUGGAAGAAGUUUUACAACAUCAAAAAACCUCAAAGUCCACAUGAUCAUACAUACUGUGAAAAAGCCCUUCACCUGCACUUACUGCGGAAAAGGCUUUUCAACAUCAAGCUACUGUAAAACCCACAUGAUGAUUCAUACUGGAGAAAAGCCUUUUACCUGCGUCCAGUGUGGGAAGAGUUUUUUGACCUCGGCGCACUAUAAAACCCACCUGAUGAUUCAUACUGGAGAGAAGCCUUUUAGCUGCUCCGAUUGUGGAAAAGUUUUUUUAACAUCAGGCCACCUUAAAACCCACAUGAUGAUUCAUACCGGAGAAAAGCCUUUUACCUGCACUCAGUGUGGGAAGAGUUUUGUUUGUUUCGCAGAGUUAAAAGCACACCAAAGGAUUCACACUGGAGAAAGGCCUUUUGUCUGUUCUGAGUGUGGAAAGACAUUUAGAGUAAAAAGAAACUUAAAAUUCCACCUGAUGAUUCAUACUGGAGAAAAGCCGUUCUCCUGCUCUGAGUGCAGAAAAACCUUUUCAAACUCAAGCCACCUGAAAGCCCAUAUGAAGAUUCAUACUGGAGAGAAGCCGUUUACCUGCUCUCAGUGUGGAAAGAGUUUUUUUACAUCAGCUCACUACAAAACCCACAUGGCGAUUCAUACUGGAUUAAAACCAUUUGCCUGCUCCGAGUGCGGAAAAGGUUUUUCAAAAACAAGCGAUGUUAAAAGACACAUGAUGACUCAUGCUACAGAAAAGCCUUUCACCUGCUCGGAGUGUGGAAAAGGUUUUUUAAUUUUGAGCAACCUUAAAACCCACAUGAUGAUUCAUACUGGAGAAAAGCCUUUCAGCUGCACUCAGUGUGGGGCAGGUUUCACAACUUCGAGCGCUUUAGCAGGUCACAUGUACAUACAUACGGGAAAUAAACCCCAUCAGUGCUCACAGUGCGAGAAGAGCUUUGUACGUGUUUCAGAGUUAAAACUACAUCUAAGAAUUCACACUGGAGAAAGACCCUUUAUCUGUUCUCAGUGCGGAAAGACAUUUAGAGUAAAGAGAAACCUUCAACUCCACGUUAUGAUUCAUACGGGAGAAAAGCCGUUUUCCUGCUCCGAGUGCGGAAAAGCUUUUUCAAAUGCAAGCCACCUGAAAUCCCACAUCAUCAUUCAUACCGGAGAAAAGCCUUUUACCUGCCCUCAGUGUGGAAAAGGUUUUUCAACAUCAACUCAUUACAAAAACCACAUGAACACUCAUACUGGAGAAAAGCCGUACACCUGCACCGAGUGCGGAAAAAGAUUUUCAAAAUCGAGCGACGUUAAAAGACACAUGAUGAUUCAUACCGGAGAGAAGCCAUUUGUCUGCUCAAAGUGCGGAAAAGGCUUCUCAGGAUCAAGUCACCUUAAAGGCCACAUGGUGGUUCAUACACGGGAAAAGCUUCAUAACUGCUCUCAGUGUGGAAAGACGUAUAAGAGUCAGAAAGCAUGCCAGAAUCACAUGAUGGUUCACACACAGUGACGUCUUUUUGUUCAGCAUGGGGGGUUCAUGAAGCAGAAUCUUUGGAUGAAGUGAUGGGGAUGGACUUGCCUCUGCAACUAUGCAGAAAUUUGAAAUUAUCAUAUAUAACAUUUAUCUGGAUAAAUAAUUGUUUAUUUAAGUAAUUUAAUGCUUACGGUACACUAUAUGGUCAAAAGCAUCUGACCAUCAUACCUGCAUGAGCUUGUUGGACGUCACAUUCCAAAACCAUGGGCAUGUGGAAAUUUGUACCCAUUCAGUCAAAAGAGCAUUUGUGAGGUCAGACUCUGAUGUUGGACAACAGAGCCUGACUCACAAACGACGUUCCAGUUCAACCCACAGGUGUUCAGUGGGGUUGAGGUCAGGGCUCUGUGUAGGCCACUGGAGUUUCUCCACACCAUACUCAUCAAACCAUGGGGCUCAGUAAUGCUGGAACCAGAAAGGUUCUUCCCCAAACUGCU